GUCGACACCAUGGACCCCUAAGACUAUGAAGUUGCCAUUUUGGUCCCAUCCAAGAAGGCCGUUGAGACCAUCGACAUCAGCUCAUCCUCCGAAGGUGAGGAUGGUGCUCCAGAUAGGGUUCACGUUAAGCAAGAGGAAGCUGAUGAUGCUGCAGCAAUGGAUUGUGCAGCUGAGCAUGAGGAAGUUGCUCCUCCUCCUCCUGCUGAUGUCCAUCUGAUUCGUCGAGGUCCCAGGAUAGAGGCAGGUGAGGAAUGGGAUGACUUUUGCAUGUAUCCCAAUCUAGUGGAAAUGAAUCCUACACAAGUUGAAACCCUAAGAUUUCUUGUUGACCAAAAGUGCCCCGCAAUUCCUUUUUAUGUGUGCACUAUAAAGAGUGCAAGUACCGUGGAAGGCAGUUCCAGAAUGUACUUCAACCGGAAGUUUACCAAGCAGUACAUCUCGAGGAAUAUGCACCUUCCAGAUAAUGACUUUCUUGUCUCUUACAGUGAGAGACAUUGUGUGAAAGUGAGGAUUUUCCAGGGCAAAGGGAGGGUUGACGGUGCAGUGAUCACAACUAACUGGAGAGCUGUGGUGCAGAAGAGCAAGAUGAAGGAAAAUGAUAUCUUUGUGUUUUGGUUCCGCAUUCGCGCCGAGGGCGGUCUCAAGUUGCAUGUCAGGAAGCUCGAGAAAUGAGCUAGCAGGCUGAACCUCUCUAAUUAAGCUAGUAGUACUAUAUAUAUGUGUGUAUGAGCUCAAGUAAUAUGAGCAUUGAACCUCUUAUCGAUCUGGUA